AUGACAGAGAGACUCUGUACAAUUGCGGCCUUGCUGAACCCGAAUGUAUAUCCCUUUUGCCUGAGCAAUUCUUCCGUGAUAUUUAGUCCAGGCGAGGUUCCCUACGAUGUCCUUGCAUCCACUGAGCUAAACCCAUUAAUACAGUACACCCGCAGUGCUGAACCUCCUACUGUGUCUGUUAACAUGCUACGAAGUUCCAAACGAUACAUGACUACCAUGUCCAACCGACAACCUGUGGCCUCUCGACGGGCUCUCUACGGCCUGGCCUCCGGGCUCGUGCUCGCCACCGCAUACAUGGGCCACCAGUAUCUUAUGGACCCCAUUGCUCUGGACAGCAGAGGUAUCAACACCAAUGCUGCUGGAGGGUACGAUCCGUUUGGCCGACGAAUGAACAUUAUGAAUCCCGAGCGGGUCAACGCGCGACUGCGGGAGCAUGAGCAGAGUCAUUUCGUGGAGCGAGGACGCGGGGUACUGAGAUACGAUAUGGCGCAGUUGCCGUCCAAUUCGCCCAUUGAGGACGACUACUCCGACCGGGUGGUGUCUGUGGCUCUGAAUGAAGCUGGAAACGCCAACGCUUCGUCCGACUGGAUGUUCUGGGGCCUGUAUGACGGCCAUGGAGGCUGGACCACCUCUGCCAAGCUCAGAGAAGAGCUCAUCAACUAUGUGAUUCGACAGCUUGAUGCGGGCUACAGCGAUGCUGGCAAGACGCUUGGCGAUAACAUACGACGAACUCCCAGCCCUGAAACCAUCGAUCUGGCUAUCAAGAGAGGCUUCCUGGCUCUGGAUGACGAGAUCUGCAUCCACUCCAUUAACAGACUGCUCAAGAACCCCCAAAAGGGCCAGUCUCCCGAGACGCUGGCUCCCGCCGUUUCUGGAUCCUGUGGUCUGCUGGCAUUCUAUGAUACCCUGUCUCACACUCUUCGAGUUGCUGUCACCGGCGAUUCUCGUGCUGUUCUCGGCUCCAAGUCUUCUUCUGGAUGGACUGCACGUGCCCUGUCUGUCGACCAGACUGGCUCCAACCAGCGAGAAGCUGACCGAAUCCGAAAAGAGCAUCCUGGCGAAGAGGACCGUGUGAUUCGACGGGGCCGAGUUCUGGGCGGUCUGGAACCCACCCGAGCGUUUGGAGACGCCCGAUACAAGUGGACACGUGACUUGCAAGAUAAGGUGGCACGUGCCUUUUUCGGCCGAAGCACGCCUCCGGAGCUGAGGUCGCCUCCCUACGUCACAGCUGAGCCUGAGGUGACUACCACCAAGGUCAAGAGUGGUGACUUUCUGGUGAUGGGCUCCGAUGGGUUGUUCGAGAUGCUCUCCAACGACGAGGUGGUGUCUCUGGUCGUGCAGUGGAUGGAGACUCACCCCAUCACCGAGUCUUCCACCGCCGCUUCGGCCAAGUCUGGAGGAAUGUGGGACAAGAUGUUUGGCAGCAAGGACUCGACAAAGGUGGUUGAUCUGACAGUCGACCAGGACGCCAUGAAGCCUCCUUUCCGACACCAGGGUGCCGUUCUCAAGCCCACUGUUGAGGAUGAGAACGUGGCAACUCACCUGAUUCGAAACGCUCUUGGAGGAGCCGAUCGGGAACAGCUGUCCAUGCUUCUGAGCAUCCCUGCUCCUCAGUCACGGCGAUACCGAGACGACCUGACCGUGACGGUGGUUUUCUUUGGCGAUGAGAAGGCUCCUGAGAACGGCGGUAUCAGAGGCAAUGUUGCUGCUACCAGUGGAGGUGUGGGCACUCAAGAAAAGGCAAAGUUGUAA